AAACCAGGUAGGGCAUGAGUGGAGGAGGGAAAUGAGGACAAGAGGAGGAGCUGAGAAGAGGACAGGGAUCGGGCGAGUGUCACUAGAGGCGGAGGAGACGCAUGUCAUCCCCGUGUUCAUCAAGGGGAUCGAGAGCGACUUGCUGGAAGCCUUCCGCAAGAACUGGUGGAGCAAGGAGACGACCGACAUUUGUAUCGGCCCUCACGUGGACGUGAGCGACCUGCAGAAGAGAUUGAAAGAGGGAGGCAAUGCUGAUGAGCUGAGCGUUGAAGCCGGAGAGAGAAUUACAGACGCGAUCAAGAAGCUCGCCGCGGCACACAAGGAGAUGGAGGAGAAGGAGGCGAGGGAGAGCGACAAGCCGUACCAGGGGGCAGGGCAAGUCUGAGGAUGUAGAGGUCUGAAGUUAGACAUGUCAUGUUCGUAUCUUUGAGACCGCAGUGAAGUCAAGCGAACAG